GUAUGGGCCAAGAUGGCGGGAGAUAUAAGAUAGCUUUCCAUUGUUUGUUUAUGUUACCUUCGAUUUGCGUUAUUUAUGACAUAUUUUUAUUGAAUUAGAAUUUGCCAUACAAGUCGAGAAAUUGGUGCGUAAUUAUUGAUUCGUCAACUUCUAUGUACAAGACUGUCAGCUUAGAAAAUGGAAGAAAAUGGAUUUUCCACAAUAGUCACAAAUGUAGAUUAUACUCAGAUUGCUCCCAUCCAGCAGAAGCGGACACUUGCAUUCAUUAAUCACUUUGUGGCAACCACAGUCACAUUUCUCAACAAGUUCGCAGAAAACUGUGAGACAAGGCUGGAGAGGUUCAACGAUCAGCUCCGUAAGGCAGAGGCUGCACUGUCCAUACUUGAGGCUAAACUGAGCUCCAUAGAGGGUCUGGAUGGUGUGACGGUGCCAGUGGCAGACGAGAAGAUCGAGGUCAUCUCGCCGGACGCCAGCGCCUCGGUACAGGAGGCCUCACCACCCACCGAGCAACUGCCCGCGGAGGAUGCACAGUCGCCACCUAGCGACGAGUCAAGGCGGCCAAAGGCAUCUCAAGACUCACGAUACUCUCGCUUCUUUCGUUUGGUGCGGGUUGGCGCUUCCUUGCAGGCAGUCAAGCGGACAAUGCAAGAAGAGGGUUUGGACCCCUCCAUUCUAGACAAUCCUGAUGCAGAGGUUCCAGACAGCAUCCCCAUCACGCAGGAGCCCAAAGAAGACUCUGAUUCUGAGCCUGGCACAACCCACAGCUUCAACAGUAGCUUCAGCGACUGAUGGUGGAGCCUUCCAUAGCUGGAGAAGCUUAUUUCAUCCCCAAUUGGCAUGAUAUAGCUGUAUACUGUUUGUUCUUGUUUGUUAUACUAUGAAAUUUAUUCAUGACAUACUAGUGCUUUGAAUAAUUUUGUCAAUAAAAAUUUAAUUACUGUU